UAGUUUUUUCCUGCAGAAGAAGAGAAGAGUGGAGUCCGAGCAAACAGCGGCGUCUCUUCCCUCUUCCCCGGAUCCUUCAAAACUCCCUCCCGAACCUCUCCCCUUCCACCCUAUCCACCCCCUGAACAUACCCCAGAGCACGGUUCGGACAUCUCAGCCAGAAACCAAAAAAGCUCCUCUUGUUGGCCAGUGUGUGGACUGAACAGCAACAAACAUGGAAUCAAGUCUGGUUGAAGGAGGACUUAAUGUCACCUUAACCAUCAGGUUACUCAUGCAUGGGAAGGAGGUUGGAAGCAUAAUCGGCAAGAAAGGAGAGUCGGUGAAAAAGAUGAGAGAAGAGAGUGGUGCUCGCAUCAAUAUCUCAGAGGGGAACUGUCCAGAGAGGAUCAUAACCCUGGCGGGACCCACCACCUCCAUUUUUAAAGCCUUCUCCAUGAUCAUUGAGAAACUGGAGGAGGACAUCAGCAACUCAAUGACUAACAGCACGGCCACCAGCAAACCGCCAGUCACCAUGCGUCUCGUUGUGCCUGCCAGCCAGUGCGGCUCGCUCAUUGGCAAAGGUGGCUGUAAGAUCAAAGAAAUCAGAGAGUCAGCAGGAGCUCAGGUACAAGUAGCAGGGGACAUGCUGCCCAACUCAACAGAGCGUGCCAUCACCAUUGCAGGGACCCCUCAGUCCAUUAUUGAGUGUGUCAAGCAGAUCUGUGUCGUCAUGCUGGAGUCUCCACCGAAAGGAGUGACCAUCCCAUACAGGCCCAAACCCUCCGGCUCUCCGGUCAUCUUUGCAGGUGGUCAGGCUUACGCUGUCCAAGGGCAGCACGCCAUUCCACAGCCUGAUGUAAGUGAAGGGCCUUCUCUCACCAAACUUCACCAGCUGGCCAUGCAACAGGGCCCCUUCCCCAUUGCACACGGUAACCAGGGCUUCCAGGCUGGAAUGGAUGCCUCUGCACAAACUGGCUCUCAUGAGCUGACCAUUCCAAAUGAUCUCAUCGGCUGCAUCAUUGGUCGUCAGGGUGCAAAGAUCAACGAGAUCCGUCAGAUGUCAGGGGCUCAGAUCAAGAUUGCCAACCCGGUAGAAGGCUCGACUGACAGACAGGUUACCAUCACUGGCUCCCACGCCAGCAUCAGCCUGGCUGAGUACCUGAUCAAUGCUCGGCUGUCUUCUGAAGCCACUGGACUCGCAGCCAACUGACAUGGAGCAUCUUCAUCAGCAUCUAAUACAACCCCUCCCCCUAAUUUUUACCAAGAGGUCCCUUAUUGAACUUAAUGCAAAAACCAAGUACUAUAAACUCACUGUUUUCUCCUGUUUUGGUUAGACACCUACUCAGUUGUAAUUAUGCCAUCGCCACAAUAAUUGUAUUUUAUUUAUUUAUUAUGUUUUAAAUUCUGUUGGCAUAUAGUUUUCAAAGACUUUCUUCAGUUGUAUUUUUCCUUUUUAUUUUUGCUGUAUAUCUUGUAUGAUUAUCUUGAUAUACUGAAAAAAAAAGUUUUAGGAAAAUCUGAAAAGGCAUAAAUUAUGUUUUUCUUAUGUCAGAUUUUUCUUAGAAAAUGUUAAAAUGAAGAAAAAAAUAAUAUAGAUGGACUGUUCUCUCCCUUCCUUUUAAAUAUCUAUUUAUUUUUAUUUAAUACGCAGUACCUUGUACAAGUAGAAUACAAUUUUUGCUAUUUGAAGCUGUACUUCCUGAUCGAGGCAUUGUGGGUUUAACGGGUUUUAGUGCGUGAAAAAGAGCUAAACUUGUAUUCAGGACAAACUUUGAAGGUAACUUCUCAUUUUAAGCUACGUCACAUCUCACCUCUAACUUGCCGAGUAAUGGUUUUGUGUCAUUCCUGUGUUUCCAUCUGUUUUAUUCGUCUAUCGGGACUUUUUGAGCAUCAUUGUGUACUGAAUUGUGAGGAAGGUGGGUGGACCGUGGCCACAAGAUGUGGAGCUGAAAGCAAAUUACAAAGACCAGAAUGAUGACGAUGAUGACGUUCAAAUGUUUGUUUUAAAUAGAGAAAAUAUUUUUUUUAACUGCAGGGCUGGGGAAUGCUGCAAGGGGCAAAACUAAAAGGCAUACUGGUCUUUAUAAGUAUAUUAUGCUGAAGUAUUAAAUUAUGAUUAACUAGAAGGAGAAUUAUAGAAUUAACACUAGUUUCCUGCUAAUCCUUUUUUGCCUGGGUCAGAUUUUAUUUUUAUUUUUUAUUCUUUGCAGGAUGAAGAAACUCACGUUUUUUGUGCACGUUUUCAAACUAUUGUAGAUCUGGGUGCAAUUAAAUUGUUGAUGAAAUGAAAUGCAGAAAUAAAAGAUGUGAAAUGCUAAAA